AUGACCAUUCUAGAGUUCAAUUCAUCUCUCCAACGCGUCCAAGACCAAGAUAUAUAUCCAGAGAUACCCACCGACACCCCCUUGACACUUGCACCGGAAGGGCUAGAUGCUUCUUUGGUUUAUGUGAAACGACCAGGCCUACAGUGGUACGACGAUAUGAUCGGCACAAACCAUCUCCCCAAGGCCGUUCUUGAUGAGACAAUCGUCAUGGAGCAGAUCUCACAAUCACCUCACCAAAAUAUCAUUCGAUAUUACGGCUGUCGUGUGAGACGCGGUUAUAUCACGUCUAUCGUUCUCGAGCGGCUUGAUCAAACUCUGAGCCAGUUUGCCUCGACAUCUGAUUUUCAACAGCUUGACAAAGUCAAGUUUUUCGAAUCUCUCAAGUCAGCGGUGGAGCACCUUCACACUUUGGGUCUAGCACAUAACGACAUCAACCCGGAUAAUAUUAUGGUGAAGAAUGGAUCGCCAGUGUUGAUUGACUUCGAUUCCUGUCAGCCUUUCGGGAAACGCUUACAGUCUUUGGGCACGGAGGGAUGGUAUGAAAAGCUGUUUUAUACUUCCGAAAAGGAACAUGACAUAUAUUCUCUCGGAAAAUUAUAG